AUGCACAACAUGCUGCACUGUGAAGUGCAUGGACUUCCCACGGUAGAGGAGGCUACACUGGGUUCCACCCCUGUCAGUCAAGACCAGGGAUCCGAGGCUACAGUGGGCACAGGCUCAUGGAAACUGGGCAGUUGUAUUCAUGUAAAGUGUGGAAAAGACUCGGCUGUAGUCACGUGGAAAGUGACCGAAAGCCUGGCUGAAACCCCCUUCAAACUUGAAACACCUGAGGAGCUGAUCUAUGAAAAUGAGCUGAUCAUUAGGCCCUUAAUAAAGUCAGAUUCUGCACCGGUCAUCUACCCUAUUAAGUGUGUUACUGAAAGGCCUUUUCCAGUUGCACAGCCUGCUUUUGGUGUCUUACAAGGUCAAGGAGAGUUGACUUUUCAUAUGGAUCUUUUGAAUGGUAAGUAUGUCAAAUUCUCCCAAACAGAGGAUUUAAGUGGCCCGGCAUUAUCCAACACCUUUCCUCUCGGCUCAUUUAUUAACCUCUGGGCUUCAGUAGUGCAGCAGGGUCAUCAGUCCUUAAUGCUAUAUCUGGAAGAGUGUGUCGCAUCUAACACCGUAGCACUUGAACCACAGUCAUGGACAUAUCCCAUCAUUACUAACAAAGGCUGUCUUGUGGAUGGGAAGACUGGGUCCUCUAGAUUCUUGCCAAGAAAUCAGCCAUCUUCACUUGUGCUUCAGCUACAAACCUUCAAAUUUGCAACAGAACAAGUGUAUAUCCAUUGCAAGCUAGUGGUAUGGGACCCAGAAGAUUUAAAUGAGAGAAACAAAGCUUGCAAUUACAACAAAUCUAUUGAAAAGUAAAUAUGCCUUUUUUUUUCUUUUCUUUUUUUUUUUGGAAGCUCCAUAAUCCAUUUUUUCCCAAUCAAUCUUUGCUCCAGCUUCAGAAUUUCAUUGACAGGUGGGAGCUUGUAGAUGACCCUUUCCAAGAUGAUCUGUGCCAUUGCUGUGAUUAUGACUGCAAUCAGCAGAUGGAUGGUUUGCCCUCAGGUGUGUGUACUUCAGCUUUUAGUCUGCUAUUAUGCUUGUGUAAUUAUCCUUCUUGUUUUUUGUUAAUGUGGUGUUUUAAUGUUCCUGGCCUUAGAAGCCCAAGGACCAGCUCAAAAUUCUGUCUUGGGACCACUGCUUUUAACGUCACUUACCUCGUGAACGAGAUGAGGCAUUUCAGUAAAGACUUGACUCCUGGAAACAGGUUGGGUACUUGUCAAUUGCUGAAUAUGAUUCACUCGCUUUUAAAACAUUGUUUUUUUUUUUUUUUUAAAAAUUCACUUUUGUAUUGUGAGCCUUGAUGCUACAAGUCUGUGCAGCUGAUGGGUGUGUGCUGAUCUUAAAAUCUCUGGCCACUGAUGGAAAGUAUUUUUUUUUUUCUUUUUUUUUUUUUCUGUGCUCAAUUUUCAGGAACUGCAUGGUUACAUAAAGAGAAACCUGCUUCAAAGCGGGUUGUUCAGCCACGCAUUCCUAUUGCUUGGUAACUUGGACAAAUGAAAUAAAAGGCUAUUGUGCUGCCACUUGUCUGAGGCGUGUUGUGUUUUUAAAUAUUUUUUUUUUUAACUUUGUCUCUGGCGUAAUUUUACCUUACAACUGUGUUCAUCCCCUUACCAGUCUCUUAUUAACUUCAAGAGAAACAAAUGACUUACACAGUUUAUAUCAUGGAGAAACCAGGAAGUGCAGAAGUCCUGUCUGGAAGAUUUUCAUCUGGUGGGAAAACUUACUGUUACAAAGUGCUGACACUGGAGACUCCUUCCCUAAGCAUCAAAGUGCACACUAUCAACAACACUUUUGAUUUUUAUUAUGCACACCUUUCAAUAUAGGAUUAUUAAGAUUUUAAAUGUAUAUGCUUUCCAAACAAUUCCCUGAAACUGACCUGUGAGGUGCCAAUUCUACCUCUACAGCAAAUUCAAAGACGCAAAAUCACCCCUUAUCAUACUGCUUUUAAAAUCCAGUAGGCUUGCAUGGUUAGGAUUACCCUCUACCUAAACUGAAUAGUAAUAUUUAGAAGUUGUCAUAUCCUACUCCCUCUUAAGUCAUACUUUUUAUCACAACCCUAAAAUUGUAAUGUUAUAUUUCAAUCAGUUACAAAGUUUCGAUUCAAUAUGAUUGG